AUGUCAGAUUUUCAACUGCGUGAGGAGGAGCCUGCGGACGGCCGCACCAUUGACGACAUCGUUGACGGCGUGGCAGAGGACCUCGGGCUCUCUCGAGACGCGCACUUAGAGGCCCUGGAAGAUGCCUUAAAGGAUAAGAAGCUCUGUGGUGUCGUUCACCCUUACGUUGCCGAUGCUCUCUUGAACAGACUUCGCAACAAACCCAAUGAAACAUUUGAGUUUGAUGUAUAUCCUGAGGUCCGGCUGGAGACACGAAACCCGACGCACUUCAAGAAUCUCGCCAUCUUCGUUCAUCGAGUGGCUCCAAUACCAGGCAGCAACAAGGGCAAGAUUGCCUGCACCUGGGCUUUUGAUGUCGACCCGUUUGAGUACAGCGUGUCGGAAUUGAAAGCUCGCCUAGAGCGCCUGGCUUUAACUAAGAUGGAGCACAUGCGAUUGGUUUUUAACGGCUUUACUUUGACAGCUACAAAUGCAUUGGCUGACUACGAUAUACAAGGGGGCGACAGCCUGUACUUGUAUACAGUAAAGGACCCAAACGAAACAACAGCCGUUGCUGCGGGACUCCUAUUGUUGGUGCCGGUGGCGGCGUGUGUGUUCGGCAGUGUUGUGCUACUACGCGGCACCAAGUACCACCUCAGAUGUGUGGGGUGCCUGCCGCCACUGCUAUAUCUGGCUGCUGCUGCCCCUGUGGGCGGUGUACUGUUUCCCAAACCGUCCUGGCCAAGCCGUACGCUUGCCACAUACAGCGCUGCCUUUGCGGCAGCUGCGUAG